AUGAUUCAGGGGCUGAGAAAUUUACCCUACAAAGAUAGGUUAAAGCGUCUUAAUCUCCACUCCCUAGAGAGAAGGAGGGCAAGAGGGGAUAUGAUUGAGGUUUUUAAAUGGGUAAAAGGAAUUAAUAAGGGAAACAUUGAUCAGGUUUUAGAAUUUAGUAGCCAGGAUAGGACACGUGGAAAUGGGUACAAGCUAGAAAAACUUAGAUUCAGGACAGACAUAGGUAGAUAUUGGUUCACAAACAGAGUCGUGAACGAUUGGAAUAGGCUGGAUAGACACGUAGUAAGUGCUGAGUCAAUAGGUAGCUUUAAAAGACGGUUGGAUGAGAGUAUGGAUAGGGAUGACAGGUGGGAUGGCUAA